GCAUGCGUGUACUGUCAUGUGGGUGACCACCAGACUGCACCCGGCUUGUGAAGUUCCAACAUUAUCAGUUACUGCGUAACGACAGAAAUGUUUUUUGUUACUGGGUCUAUGUUAGGUUAGGGUGAAUCUGUGCGCGUGGACCCUAUGACGUAGAAGCCGAAGGGACAACAUGACAGCUAACGAGGAUCAGGAGAUGGAGCUGGAAGCUCUACGCUCCAUCUAUGAGGGAGAUGAGUGCUUCAAGGAGAUCAGUCCAGUUUCCUUCCAGUUUAGGGUUGGAGACCUUGAGGACACAAAGGCAUUCAUCCUGGACAUCACAUGGCCGGACACGUAUCCAGAGACGGCUCCACAAAUCUGCCUGGAUGCUUUUUUCAACAACAGGAUCUCUGCAGCGACGAAACAGCUCAUCCUGUUGAAGCUGGAGGAGCAGGUAGAGGCGAACCUUGGCUCUGCCAUGAUGUAUACUCUGUUUGAGUGGGCAAAGGAGAACCAGGAUGCGCUCAUGGAGAGCCACAGACCUGUUGUGACUGCUGUGCAGACCCUGACAUCAAACACUGAGGUGAUGGCUCCCUCUGCAGCGAAGAAGAGAGAGAAGAAGGAGCAAUUGACAAAAGCACAGAAAAGAAGAAUGGUUAAUAGAACAGACAAUAAAGGGGAGCUGCCUAGAGGUUGGGACUGGGUUGACGUGAUCAAGCAUCUGAGUAAAACCGGAGGAAAGGAUGAUGACUAGAGCAGAAGCUGAACGCUUGAACUCCAAACUCAUUGUAGUUGCUGCUGCUCCUUUACAGAUGCCUUGACAGUCAGCUGGAGUGACGUGGGACAUCCAGGAUGGCUGCUUCCAUAAACGCACCCCAUCAUUGUUGUCUGUGCUGUUUCUGCACCACAUUCAGGGAGCAGGUUGUUCGUCCUCCAUCAGGGUGAAAUUUUACCUGCUCAACUUACUGUCACUGCCGUGUUUUCAGUCUGAGGUUAUUCACUGAAGACAUUAAUGUUGGAUCUAAACUAGUGUUCUGCUGUUGCAUUGAGGUGCUGCGUGACUUUUUCAAAGAAUAGACAUUUUUAAUGCAACAGAAAAUAUUACUCUCUCAUUUUCCUAUCUUGAUGUUAACUUUUCUUUAUAAAUUGUAAAUCUGGAAAUGUGUAUAUAUAAAUAAACCCACAUUUUGUGAA